AAUUUUUUUCCUACAAUCUGGCAACACUAUCUUUCCAUAAACAAAAAUGGCUGAUCGUAGAGAUUUGCCGGAAAGACUUACCGCUAAAGAUCCGACAAGUUUUGCAUAUGUAACUACGAAAGAUCGUCUGCCAGUGAUUUUGACUCAGGUGGUUGAUUAUUUGUGUCAAGAAAAAAAUGAAAUUGCCAAGAAAUAUGGAGAGGAAUCAAGAGAAGAAUUAAAACAAAUAAUCGGAUAUCUGUCAAAACUUCGUUAUGAAAUACAAACAAAUAAACAGCUAAUUAUGUUACAAACAAAUGAAAAUGAUGCUCAAAUUUGGAAUGAAUAUUUAUCUAAAGAAAUGUUAAGGUUAAACAGACCACCUCAGUGGUUUGAGGAUGAAUGGCUAUAUACAGAAAAUUAUAUGUAUCGAAAGAUAAGAGAAGCAUUUGAAUUAAGUGAUCGGCUUAAUAACUUUGAUCCAUUUUGUAAAAAGAAAGAAAGAGCUUUAUGGGGUUCAAUGGAUGUUAUUGUAAUGACAAUGGAAUAUUUGCAUCAUAUUAUAAAUAAUAUUAAUAAAAAUGAAAUCAAAGCAAUCAAGGCACAUUUUGCUACAUUUUUAAAACUAUCAUUAUGGUCAAAUAGGUGUGAUUUAUCCAUUUCGGCUGGUAAAGAAAAUGUGCAGAAAGAUUGUCUCAUUAAGCAGUUGGAGGAACUUAACAAGAAUAUUUUAGUAAAUGAUAUUGACAAACUAUGGGAAUAUAUAAAUAAAACUGCUCAAAAUUCAAAUAUUUGUCUUGAUAUAAUUUUAGACAAUGUUGGCUUUGAAUUAAUUUGUGAUUUAUGUUUGUUAGAAUUCCUUACAGCUACAAAACUUAUUGACAAAGCAAGAAUAUAUGUUAAAAUGAUACCUUGGUAUGUGUCUGAUACAAUGGAAAAAGAUAUAUACUGGACAUUGAAUGAAUUGGGACAAGUACAAAAUGAGAAAGUUUGUACUCUUGUAGAUAGAUACAAUAAAAGAUUAAAGUGUGGAGAAUGGAAGAUUGAAAAAGAACAGUUCUGGACGUUACCUUAUGAUUUUAGUGAAAUGAAAAUUGUAGAUAAAGCUUUAUAUCAAAAGUUAAGUGAUGCUGAUAUUAUUUUAUUUAAAGGAGACUUAAAUUAUAGAAAAUUGGUUGGAGAUAGAAAGUGGCCUACCACCACACCCUUUCACAUUGCUUUAAAUAAUUUUUUACCAUCAACAUUAUGUGCCUUAAGAACAUUGAAAGCUGAUGUUGUAACUGGAUUGGCUUCAGGACAAGCAGAGAAACUUCAAAACUUUCAAAGUGAUUGGAUGAUUUCAGGUGAAUAUGCAGUCAUACAAUGUGUGAUAAAAUAAUGAAAUUAAGUAUUAUACAUUAUAUGAGUAAUUUGUUCAAAUAAAUUUAAUAUU